AUGACCAAGUUCACUUUCGCCAACUCCUCCGAGAAGGUACCCGGUGAUGGGAUCCUCCCCGCCCAGUUCUCCAUCAGAGCGGCCCCUUCAACAGAUGCUUGGUCCAAACCUCCAUCCACAGACACUUUCACUGCGCCGAUUUUAUACCGGAGUGUUCCGUUGAAGUCGUUCAAACGAGUCAGAGUCGCCUUCAACGCAGUCUGGCAGCAGAACUAUGACCAGGGUGGACUCAUCCUUGUCCUCAACGGUGCGGGAGGUACCCGGAAAUGGGUCAAGACUGGCAUCGAACUCACUCGUGGCCGACCUCACCUGAGUACCGUCACCAAAGACAACUGGGCGGAUUGGAGUCUGCAGCCUGUCCCAUCAGGAGGUGGAGCGGCGACGCUAGAGCUGGUGCGAGAGUCAGACAACAGCCUGUGGAUUUAUCUUGUGGAAGGCAUCCAGAAAUCCCCUCUUCGGGAGGUCACCUGGGUGUUUGAGGAAUCGGAUGUUCAAGAUUUCUGGGUCGGGCUCUAUGCAGCACGGCCUUCGAAAGAGGGGGAGGACUUGGUGGUGAACUUUGGCCAUCUGAUACUCGACACGUCCGAUUAA